CACACACCCUCCAUCAUCAUGAAUCAGACUUGGGGCUGUUGACAAUAAGAAAAGCCGGUCCCCCACAAGGGAAUUCACACCUGAGUGUGAGUAGGACUAACUACUCGGACCGGACGACAGAGAAAGAGGCAUUAAUGGCAUCUGUGUCCUGACAAGAGUAAAGGCAUGUAAGGAUACACAUGGGAGAUUUCUUACACUGGAUCCAUAACCAAAGGAUUAAACGGAAUAGUGAAGUAAAGACGACUGAUAACGUGGAUAAAAGUGGAACAUGAUGAUGAAGUCCACCAUCGCCAGCUCCUGGGACGUCUCAGAGUCGGUGUACGAAGAACUGGAUGCACUAAUGCCUGAUGUCACAGAUGGAAGCCAGUCAGAGGUUAAAGUCAGGCCUGUACCUCGUCCCAGGUCGAAAAUACAACCAAAGUCCCAGUAUAACAACAACAAUAGCACUGUUGACCCUGCAGACAUGACUAGCAAUACAACCAAUGUAGUGAGUUCCCAACUCGGUGGAUAUCCUGCAGACUAUAAGACGCCUCGCCCUGUUCGCUCUCCUCCCAGACCACCACUGUAUUCACACAAAUAUUUGAUCUCCAGUAAACCCACAGUCGACGGAGGCAAUCACUAUGUGACUUCAAUUUCUGAGCCAAAUUCUCCAGCUGUCAGUACUGAGGAAGUAAACUCUCCUACACGGCCUGAACGCCCCCCACCUCCCUCCUCUUACAGGAGAGGUUCUACAAUGAGGCUAAAACCUGAGAACUGCACUGAUGAGAGUCAACAAUCCAGAUGUUCCUACAUCAGCUCCAUGCAACAACCUCCAGUCCCACCAGCUGUCGCUAAAGAAGAGGUGACCCUCUGUGUGACUUCUUGUACAACGAGCUGCACUGAUGAGAGUCAGCAAUCCUACAUCAGCUCCAUGCAACAACCUCCAGUCUCACCAGCCGUCUCAGAGGUGAACAUCUUUGGGACUUAUACGACGCAUUUCAAGAGCGCCACAAAUGAGAGUCAGCAAUCCAAAUGCUCUAUUCAACAACCUCCAGUCUCACCAGCUGUCGCUAAAGAAGAGGUGACCUUCUGCGGGACUUCUAGUACAACGGCUGACAGUACUGAGGGAGUACACUCUCCUACACGACCUGAACGCCCCCCUCUUCCCUCCAAGAGAUGUUCUACAAUGAGCAUAAAACCUGAGAGCGGCACUGAUGAGAUUCAGGAAUCCAAAUGCUCUAUUCAACAACCUCCAGUCUCACCAGCUGUUGCUAAAGAGGUGAACAUCUGCAGGACUUUUGGGACAGUAAAUUGCAAGGUACCAGACACACCUGAACUUCUGCCUCGACACGGGCAGUCAUCUCCAAAGACUCUACCACCACCACCUUCAUUCUCCCCGCCUCACCCACCUUCAAAGGGGGAGCCAUUGGAUACAGUGUACAGUGAGCUAGAGCACCGUCCCUACCUGGACGUUCUGCCAGAGGAUAUAGAGAAGAUGAAGACACAAGAAGAGAGGCCAACAUUACGCUACCAGAAACAAGAAGAGAGUCCAACAGUACGCUGCCGCACUUUCACUCUUCACCAGUCCACCGUGGAAUCAGAGGACGUCAUUGGGAUGUUGAGAUGGUUGCAAAGAGUGUCAAAAAAUGAUUUAAUGGAUCCGUCAGUGUAUGGCCUCGGCAUAGAGGAGGAACUCAGAUCAUUUAGUGAGAGAGCAAUGAACGUGAGGAAGGCCCUGCGCCUCUACAACCUCCUCAUGAUGAAACGCAAUGAGUGCCUGCGGAACGUCAUCACAGAGUUCACCUCCAUCUCCGACAGCCUGGACAAGUUGAAGAAGAAGGGCAAAACCAUGGACAUCGCUGGAGGCACCACGGGUGCUGUAGGAGGGGUGACUGCAGUCUUGGGUAUCGCCUUCGCUCCUAUGACCUUGGGUACCUCGCUGAUCGCUACAGCUAUUGGUGCUGGUAUGGUGGCGUCCGCUGGGGGCAUGAGCGUCCACACUGCUAAGGCCAACAAGAAGAUCGUGAACAGGAUGGCGGUUGAGAAACUUGUAUACGAAUAUAAGGGAAAUAUUGUCGACCUGGAAAACUGUCUGAGUUUCAUCCUCUCUGGGAUGAAUGAGCUUCGAAUGCACGACAUCGCCAGGUUACAGAGGGCAGGAGCCCAUGCCGAGGUACUGAAGGUGGCACAUCUGUCACGGUCUGUGUUUCAGAACACCAUGAACAAGGAUAGUAGGACUACUGUUGCACAUAUGGGGGGUGGGAUGGCAUCUGAGAGGCUGCUUCUGGCUUUUGUCAAGGAUAUGGAUCAGUAUUUUACAGAAAAGGACGGACUGAAGCUGAAGAAGUCCAAUAAGAGCAGGUUUUCUGUCAGAGUUCGCCUGCUGGCUGAAAAUCUGCAGUAUGAACUAUAUAACCUGAAUCACAUGUGGGAAAUGUUCGGGUGAAUCAAAGCACUUUAGUGUUGAUUUGUGUAUGCAUGUGUGUGUGUGUGUGUGUGUGUGUGUGUGUGUGAGAGAGAAAGAGAUGUUUUGAUCGGUGCAAUUGAAGAAUAAAUCCCUUAU